AUGGAAUCUGCGAAGCGGAAGCGAGCCGCCAAGGCCUGCAAUUACUGCAGAAAGAGGAAGAGGAAAUGUGAUGGCAGACAGCCGGUUUGUACCCUCUGCGAAGAGGCGAAUAACUCCGAGUGCGAGUAUCGCGAUGAAGGAAAUGAGUCAAAGCGAAUUGCAAUCCCUGUUGAUCGCGUUGAUGAGAUCUUUGAUCGUCUUGAAUCUCUUGAAUCGACCUUUCAGUCUGCUAUCGCUCGCCAACGAGAUCGAAGUCCCAUCUCAACACCUUUCCCAGCAUCGACUCCUUACCCAGUCUCAACACCUUAUGCACCAUAUCCCAUAACACGACAUAACGAACCAAUAAGUCCUGAGGAUGGAAUAGUACCUGCCUCAUCAGUCCACUCAACAGGACCUGGGACACAAACAUCGCUUUCUCAAUUCGCCAAUAACAAUGUCUUCAACACGACGAUGGACAUACCACUUUCUCACUCAUCCACAACGGGGAACUUACUCAGAUCUGCGCCGGCGAAAGCACUGCUGGGACACUAUCCUUCAGAUCUUUUUCUCCAUAUUGAGUUGAGAAGACCCAUCCCUGAAGGAUUGAGAUUGAACGCGGAACCAGCGAGUCAAAUCGACCUACCGACGUUAUCACCCAACGAAACAGAUCAUCUCGUGAGAAACUACUUCCAACUCGUUCAUCGCUUCCAUCCAAUUCUCGACCAGCGAGCUUUUUACGAUCUAUACGACAGAACCGUCGACCAUGGCGCACGGCCUGAUCUCCCGUCUUCCCUGGUCCUCGUUGUUCUCGCACUAGGUUCUGUUGCUGCUGAGACGCCGAAUCGUAUGGAUGCAAGUUGGAGCCCUGGAGUAAAAUUCUUCACACCCGCUGUGAGGUUGUUACUCACGGAGUCGUUAUGCUCGUUCGGUGGUGAUCCUUUGUUGCCGCAGGCGUUGUAUCUCGCUGCGCUGUACUAUAGCUAUUUGUCGAGGCCGCUGCUUGCGUGGAGGUUGGUGCACAUGGCGUCAACUGAUGUUCAGCAUUAUUGGAUAAGGUCCGAGAAGUUGCUGCGAGAUGGUUCGCAAGACCAGUCAAUUCUACGAGUCUUUUGGGCUAUCCUCGUGCUCGAAUGUGACAUUUUGGCAGAGCAUCAUCUCCCUCGCAGUGGCAUCGAGAAGAUCGUCGAUAAACUCCCCUACCCGUGGUCCGAUGGUCCCUCCGAACCUUAUAUGCAUCGCUGGCUCGCCGAUCUCUCGUCCCGGCGCCUCUUAAAUCGCAUUCACUACGUCCUCUACGCAGAAGCUGAACCAGGUACGGGCGAUAACCAAGCUGAUAACUCUGAAGAGACACAGUCAAGUCUCCCAAAUCUAGCCCACGAAUUGAAUCGUCAGCUGGGUGCAUGGUACCAUCUCCUCCCUCAUAGUAUCCGUCCAAAUCUUGAGAUCCCCCCGAUAGGCAUUGAUGAUACCAUGGUAACUAUACGAUAUCACACUACAGGUGAUAUUAUCUACAGGCCUUUUCUGUAUCAAGUUUGCGCUCUCGCACCAGGGACGCAGCCGAACCCCGCCACGCUCGAGAAUGCGCGACAAUGUCUGGUCCACUGUCGUAGAUACCUCAAUGCAGUCGAAUUUGCAGUGCACGCGCCGACUGCAUCUUUGGAGAAUCUCUUACAUGGGACCAUGGCAGUAGUAUUGCUCCUCUCAUUCGCAGCCUUCUCAAGAUUAGAUGCCCUCAGAGUCCCAGAUCUCAACCAAUUACAGGACAAGGGAAUCAGGAUCUGCGAAAGAUGGGCGUUUCCAGGAUCGAGUAUAGAGCAAAUGGUUGUAAUUCUGCGCGCCCUCCGAGCAAAAUGCAUCGAUACAGGAUGA